CCUGUGGAGACUUGCCUGUCAAAGCAGGGGGAAAAUCAGCAAGAAAACGGCAGGUAACAACAGUCAUGCUGCACAGGUGAAGUUCACAGCCAGCUCUUCAGUGGACUUAUCUGCCUUCCAGAGAGGAUAAAUCUUUCUCUUCACAAUCUUAGAACUAAAAAGUAUGGGAUGGACGAUUUAAGACACCAAAGAAACUAUACCGGAGGGAGUUUAGGAGACAGAGGCUUCACUGAAACAACAAUCUCUACUUCUAGAGUCACAUCUUUACCUCCUCGAGGCUUCAGUUCAUCCACCAACAAGGGCAUGUCAAGCAGCUCUGGCUCUCCAAGCCUGCUGGAGAAAAACAUUUUGACACAAAACAACAGCGGCUCCUUUUUCUCAUCAUCAUCUGUGGGUGGGAGUGGGAGUGCAGGUGGGUUCGGCUCAGGAUCAGGAGAGUUUCUGCUAGAGGACUCGUCUGUGAGUAAGAGCAGGACAGCAGGCGGCUCCUCUGGAGUUUUUGAGAGCGUCUCUGGCUCAGUAUCCAGCCCGCGGGUGAGAUCCAGCUCCACUGAAGGCAUAAGAAGAACACAAGACUCCAAAAGCAAAAGCACUCAUUCACGUCGAUAUGAUGGAAGCUCAAGUGACAGCUCAUCCCCAGAGCUCUCAAGAAAAGAGUAUGGUUCAUCUAGAGGAAGGAGUCAAAGCAGGGAGACAGAAAUCAGGACCAGACUACAGAGCGCAUCUCCCUCAACUAGAUGGACGGAGCUGGAUGAUGUAAAGAAGUUGUUGAAGACCUCUCGCUCCGCUAGCGUCAGCCCCACACGAUCACCCUCCUCAUCCCCUCUGCCAAUCCCACGCAAGGCUACCACCUUAGACACCAAGACCUCCAGCAAACAAGUGGAGCAAUACGACAGCAGUUUUCUCGAAGCAGAUCUGGCCUCAUACACCUGGAACAGCUCCACACUACCCUCUGCAGUCUCCACUGGCACCGCCACUGCUUAUGGCUUUCAAAGUAACACCAACAAUAUGGCAACUGGAGCUUCACUGAUCAGCAGCAGCACAUCCCCAUCCUCCUUAUCAGUCUAUGGCUUCCACAAUAAUUUAGCUCCUUCCACUGGAGUCCUAACGUCCAGCGGAGUUAACACACAAUCAGGAUAUGGAGUGCAGAAGAAUUAUUCCUCAAGUCCAGACAGCACUCUUGCAGUCAGCACAGGCAUCUCCACUGCAGGUUAUGGAGUGCAGAAGAAUUAUUCCACAAGUCCAAACAGCACUCUUGCAGUCAGCACAGGAGUCUCCACUGCAGGUUAUGGAGUGCAGAAGAAUUAUUCCUCAAGUCCAAACAGCACUCUUGCAGUCGGCAAAGGAGUCUCCACUGCAGGAACUGGUUCAAGGACAUUUAAUGAGAAUGUGUCGAAGAGAUACCUGGUGAUGGACAAGGAAAACAUUCCAGCGAAGAGAGAAACUGACGAACUGAUCCUGACCAAAGACAGUGGCAAACUUUUUAGCAACAGCGCCGCCAACGGGUCAGCAGAUUCAUAUUCAGAUGUUUCGGUGAAGAAAGAGACCCUGAUGACCAGCUAUUCCGAAAGUGCUCCUAUCAAGUCUUAUUCUGGCACACAAUAUGGAUCUGCAUCAGUGUCAACAAAAGAUAAAGCUACAUAUGCAGAGAUCCACAAAGCAAAGCUUGAGGACGAGGAGGACGACUGUAAGUGUGGAGGGGGUCUGUGUGGUUGUGGCCCGAACUGCUGCUCUUGGUGGAAGUGGCUGCUGGGCUUUUUGCUCGGACUCCUGCUGCUCCUCGGCCUUCUGUUUGGACUCAUUGCUUUAUCUGAGGAGGUAAAGAAGCUCAAGUCUCGUGUCAGCACUCUUGAGGCAAUGUCCUCCUCCAUGAAUGCCCACACAAGCCGUCUGUCAGCUCCAAUUGAUGGCAUUGAUGAGGUUGGAAGUAAAGCGGCGUAUGUGAAUUCACUGGAUUCUGCGGUUAAUUCAGACAACAUUGGACUGCAGAGAAAUGUGCAGCAAAUAGUGAGAGCAGAGAUGCAGUCCGAACAAAUGAGAGCCUACCUUGCUUCUUCUGUCAAAGCUGAAAGAGGACUUCCAGGGCCUAAAGGUGACUCUGGAUCUCCAGGAACUAGGGGAGACAACGGUUUUCCAGGGAUACCAGGUCCACCAGGAAUGCCAGGACAUUCAGGAAGGGACGGACAAAAAGGAGAAAAAGGAAGUGCAGGUGAACAUGGUGCAGAAGGAUUCAGGGGAAGAGAUGGUCAGCCUGGACCUCGUGGAGAGCCUGGGCCCCCAGGAGCCGGAGAGAAGGGUGAAAGGGGUAGUCCUGGCCUUCCUGGUCUCAUUGGUCCACCUGGGGCAAAAGGCUCUAGUGGUUUACAUGGUGAACAAGGCCCUCAAGGCUUCAGAGGAGAGCCUGGUCCUGCUGGGCCAAAAGGUGAUAGAGGACUUCCUGGUCUACCUGGAAUUAAAGGUGAUCAUGGCGAUAGAGGAGAGAAUGGGUUGCCAGGCAUUCCUGGAGUUGUAGGACGACAAGGACCAGCUGGAGAGAAAGGAGAUAAAGGAUCUGCAGGGCCUCAAGGAGCUGAUGGUGAAAAGGGUCAGAGAGGUGAGCCAGGAUCAAUUGGCUUACCAGGAAUCAGAGGACCACCUGGGCCACAUGGUGAUCCUGGUCAAUCAGGAGCCCCAGGGAUUCAAGGACCUCCAGGCCUACCUGGCAAUCCUGGUCAGCCUGGACCUAAAGGUGAAACUGGUGAGGCUGGAAGAGUGAUCAAUGCAGCAGGUUCCACCUCAGUGGCAAUCCCAGGACCGCCUGGGAGCGCUGGUCCUCCUGGCCCACCUGGAUCUCCAGGACUCUCAGGUCCUGUUGGCCCUGCUGGACUUCCUGGUCCCCCUGGUGUUAAAGGUGAUAAGGGAGAUCAAGGAGAGCCAGGUAUUGGUGUGAACACUGGUGAGACUUUGGUUUCAACCAGAGCAGAAAGACAGUAUGGUGCUGUUAAUGUUGGUGGUACUGGACUACCUGGUCCUCCUGGUCCACCAGGGCCCCCUGGACGUCCAGGGGAUUCCAGACCAGGUCCACCAGGACCACCUGGUGAGCCAGGAUAUGGCAGACCUGGUCCUAAAGGAGAAAAGGGAGAGCCAGGAAACUUUGUGCCUAAUUCAGGCACAUUUUUUGCAGGACCACCUGGGCCGCCAGGGCCCACAGGGCCUAAAGGACCAACGGGUCCCCAAGGUCCACGAGGAUACACAGGAGAACCAGGACAGCCUGGCCUUCCAGGGAGUUCCGGAAGAGUUAUUUCUGAGUAUGGUGUGGCUCAAGGGCCACCUGGUCCCCCAGGACCUCCUGGACCACCCGGUCGAGAAGGCCGUAAAGGAGAUCCGGGAGUACCAGGUACUUCUACCUUCCAAGGAGAGUCAAGAGUUGCAGCUACACACCAGGGACGGCCUGGUCCUCCGGGACCUCCAGGUCCACCAGGUGCUCCAGGUCAAUCCAGUGGAUCUGCUGCAGAUUAUCGUCGUUACAUCAUGGAGUAUAUGCAGAGUGGCAGCAUGAGGCAGCAUUUGUCUGGUAUUCAAGGGCCGCCUGGUCCACCUGGGGCUUCAGUGUCAGUAGAGGAUGUGGCAUCUCGGGUCAUAGCUUACAUUCAGCGCUCUGGAAUCAGUGGUGGCAGCAUUAGCCAAAGUGCUCAAGGUCCUCAAGGUCCCCCAGGACCUCCUGGUCCACCUGGAAGCAUAACUGCUGAUUACAUCAUAUCACUUUUACAGAGAGAUGAUGUAAGGCGUUAUGUUGCUGGACCUCCAGGGCCACCAGGUUCACCGGGGAUUAGUGGUAGUUCCUUUAACACACAGGAAGUUGCAAACUAUGUCAUGAGAAUGAUGAAUGAACAGGGAAUGAUAGGCAGAGCUGGACCACCAGGCCCUCCAGGACCACCUGGCCAGCCUGGUGCCACCUACAGUGACAUAACUGCUCUGAUUCAGAGGUCAGGGAUUGGUGGAAGCAUUGGACGUCCAGGGCCUCCUGGUCCUAUGGGACCACCUGGUCCACCCGGUGCCUCAGGAGGCAGUUCCUCUGCAGUCUCAGGUUAUUCACUAGAGGACAUCCAGCGCUACCUGCAAAAAUCUGGUUUUAGGGGACCUCCAGGCCUACCUGGUCCAGCAGGACCCCAGGGUCCUCCAGGAGACACAAGGAGCCUUGUAUCAUAUACAGGAUCUUCUGCUCGAGAACAGAUCCGUACUGAACUGCAGGACUACCUAAACAGUGACACUAUGAGGCGCUAUGUCCAAGGGCCACCUGGGCUGCCUGGACCCCCUGGUCAGAAGGGUGACCGUGGUGAACCUGGGUACAGUUAUCAAAAUGGCAGAAACCAAUAUCGCUAUGGCACUGAAAUCAGUGAACCAGUGGACUACUCCAAUGUUGCACUAAAAGUGACUGAUUACAUUAAGGAUCAAGGUCUGCUGCAGGACCUGACAGAGGGAUACUGGAGGUCACAAGCAGGAAGCAUUCAAGGACCCGCUGGGCCUCCUGGUCCUCCUGGCCCACCCGGGUACAGCCGUGUGAUUGGUGCCUAUGGGAACGUGACAGCUGAUCUCAUGGACUUCUUUAGAACAUAUGGGACAAUCCCAGGGCCCCCUGGCAGGUCAGGGCCCAAAGGAGAAAGAGGAUAUCCAGGACCUAAAGGAAAUAAAGGGGACACAGGGAGCUCGGGGAUACCUGGCCUACCAGGACAAAGAGGACCUGAGGGACCAAGGGGAGAAAAGGGUGAAAAAGGAGAGAUCCAGACUGGCAGAUGGAUACGAGCAAACGGCGUGUAAAGGCUCAAGGAUUUGCUGAAGCACAAUUUUGUGGAUGCACUGACAGCAUAAAAGAAAUUGUUCAUGUUUUUAAGAAGAUAAAUGGAUAAACUAGUCUCUCUUUAUGAAGUAAUGCAGCUUAGAGGCUUGUUUGGUACUUAUUUACCACAAUAUACAGUUUUAUAAUCAAACAAAUGCAUGCAAAAUAAUAAUCCAUACAUUCAAAACUACUUCCAGGUUGACAACAAUUAUUUGUCUUCAUUAUAUAAUAUUUAAUUCAUUGUAGCACUUAAAAUGUAUACUUGUCACCCAAUAGUGGGCUUUGUAGUUGUAUUAUUACUAUUAUUAUUUUUUUUGUUUUGUACUGUACAAUUUUUUUUCUAUGAAACAAAAAAUGUACCUUAAACAGCUGAGAUUGUUUUAAACGUACCAAAUAAAGAUCCAUUCAUCAGAGAA